UUAGCGUUAUUAGUUAGAGAUAAUUUUGUCAAAGACCUUGAAACUGAUUAUGAUGAUAGCACUUAUGAUGCUAACUUGAAAAAAUUAGAAAAAAAAUUAGAAGAAUUAAAUGAGUUCAAAAGUGGAGGAAAAAAAGAAGUUUAUGCAAGUUUAGGGACAGAUGAUAAAAAGAUUUUUGAUGAUUUAAUAACUAUGGUUGUUCUGGGAGCAGUUGCUUACUUCAUUAAAACUAAUAGUAGUGAAGAAGGUGAGGUCGUUGAAACUAAUAGUGAGGGCGGAGCCUUAGUCCGCCCUCCUUUUCUCCCCUUUCUUAAAAAUAAAAAAAUGCCUUCUCCUCUUGUAACAGACAAAAAAGAAAAAGUACUCGCCGCAAUUAGCGAAGUAUUGGGAAUGGCCGAUAAGAUAGAUAUAG